AUGCAACCGGAAGCACAGAGAGCGCCCUGCUGUCAUCGAACUGCAGGAAACUCGGGCUGUGGGAGUAAACAAACAGGUUUCUGUGCUAAGCUAAGAUUCGCCAUGCUGGGUUUGAGCGCAAAAGCUGCGGUGAAGUUGUGGCUAAGCAGGGAACAACCCAUGGCAUCGGAUGUGAUCGAGGGUGAAGCGGUGUUGAAGGAGCUUAGGUUCGGGGACAGUAGCUCCGGAGAUACGAAGGCAGUCACACCCAGAAGCAGCCCUCAAGACUCGGGCAUUACGCACCAGUCCAGCCCGUCCACCUCUGGAGUGUCCGGGGAAGACGAAGACCUGGAAGAAUCGCAAAGUAGUAAUGUAUCGUCAGGUCACAAUGGGAUUAGUUUAAACCAGACUCAAGAAAUGGAAGCAGAGAAAGAAUCUGGAUCUUCCCCUGUGCAACUUUCUCCUGCGCCUGCUACAAGCCUGGAGCGCCAAGAGUCCAUCUCCACCACAGAAGCUCGAUUACGGAUGGAAGGAGUGGAGCUGAAGGAGGAGUGGCAGGACGAGGACUUCCCUCGUCCGCUUCCAGAGGAGGAGCUGGAGGACGAGCUGUUCGCUGGAGUCUCUGGGGAAGGCGACCACGGUUUUGAGUACGACCAGGGGACGAAGAUGAGGAAGAAGCUGGCGGCUCCAGACAUCAGCCUGACUCUGGACCGCAGCGACGGCUCCAUUCUGUCGGACGAACUGGACGAGAGCACGGAGCUGGACCUGGACGCCAUCGACACGCCGACCUCCGACAACAGCAACGAGUUCGAGUGGGAAGAUGACCUGCCGAAGCCCAAGGCCACGCAGCUGCUGGAGAAAGGCGUGGACUCUGUGCAGGAGCUCACGGCCUCCGAGGAGCGGGAGGAGGGCCGCAGGUGGAGGCUGUUCCGGAUCGGGGACCAGGAGCACAAGGUGGACAUGAAGGCCAUCGAGCCCUACAAGAGAGUCAUCAGCCACGGAGGUUACUAUGGCGACGGCUUGAACGCUAUCAUUGUCUUCGCUGUGUGUUUUAUGCCUGAAAGCAAUCAACCAAACUACAGAUAUAUUAUGGACAAUUUAUUUAAGUAUGUGAUCGGGACGCUCGAGCUGCUGGUGGCUGAGAACUACAUGAUUGUUUAUUUAAACGGAGCCACGUCCCGGAAGAAGAUGCCGACGGUCAGCUGGCUGCGAAAGUGCUAUCAGCAAAUCGACAGGAGAUUAAGAAAAAACCUAAAGUCUCUGAUGAUAGUGCAUCCGUCAUGGUUCAUCCGCACGCUGCUGGCUCUAACAAAACCCUUUAUAAGCUCCAAAUUUAGUCAGAAAAUCCAGUUCGUCUUCAGCCUCUCGGAUCUGGCCGAGCAGGUUCCAAUGGAGUAUGUGUCCAUCCCAGACUGCAUCAAAGAGUUUGACCAGGACAAAAAUAAGAAAAGCCGAAAAAGAGUGGACCAGGAGAUGCACGGCAAAGUGGAGGUGGCGUCCGCUGCCGUUCCCUGA